CCCACCCCUCUGCUCGCUAAUUGCUCUCCACUCGAAGUUCUCUACUCCCAAAAACCAGAUUACUCCAGUCUCCGCAUCUUUGGUAUGCUCUGCUACCCUUGGCUUCGCCCUACUACUCGUCAAAAACUACAACCUCGUUCUGCCCCGUGUGUUUUCCUUGGCUACAGCUCCACACACAAAGGCUAUCGGUGUUAUAAUCUUGCUACCAACAAAGUCCACAUUUCUCGACAUGUUCUUUUCGAUGAACAAUGCUUUCCCUUCUCUAACCCCAAAUAUCUCCCAUCAUAUGCGCACUAGAGGAAAAACAGGCCAUCUGAAACCCAAAACCUUUCUUUCCACCUCCCAUCCUCCGCUACCUCCCAUUUCCAAAACCGUCCGUCAAGCACUGCAGGAUCCCCAUUGGCGUGCUGCCAUGCUCGAAGAAUACAAUGCCCUGCUCCGAAAUCACACCUGACUCCUUGUCCCGCCUGCUACUGAUCAAAAUCUCAUCUCCUCUAAAUGGAUUUUCCGAAUCAGAACUCGGUCCGACGGUUCCAUCGAGCGCUUCAAAGCUCGCCUUGUCGCCCGCGACUUCCAACAGCGCCCCGGAAUCGACUUCGGCGAGACAUACAGUCCCGUCCUCAAACCAACAACACUAUGACUCAUCCUCUCCCUCACCGUGUCACAAAAUUGGCCGGUGCGUCAAUUGGACAUCGCCAAUGCGUUCCUCCAUGGCAGCCUCUCUGAACCAGUUUAUAUGCAAUAACCACCAUGAUUUGUCGAUCCAGCUCGACCCAACCACGUCUGCCAUCUCCGGAAAUCACUCUACGACCUCAAACAAGCGUCGCGAGCCUGGUUCCAUUGUCUUUGCCAAGCAUUGGAGUCCUAUGGAUUCAAGGGGUCCAAAACCGAUCCCUCCUUGUUCAUCCUCCGCCGCGGCGCCCUUCGCCUCUAUGUCCUAGUUUACAUGGACGACAUUUUGCUCACUGGGAAUCAAGGCUCUGCCUUUCAUUCGCUUCUUCUGUUUUUGCAGGGAAAGUUUUACGUUCGCGAUCUCUACCGUCUAAACUACUUCCUUGGCAUUCAGGCUCACUGGACUCUCACGGGUCUCCUGCUCACACAACAGAAAUACAUACAAUCUAUACUC